AUGCAGCAGAGCAACGGUUCCCAUGACAGCUUAAUUGCCCCGAGUCCAAUUGUCCCCACUGGUCGGCCGAGUUCCCUGAACACCUCCAGAAGCGCCUACACCAUGUCGACCCUGUCACACGAACCUCGGCAGUCCCGGGACACCCUACAAUCCUCCGCGCAUCUUGAUCUGCGAGAUGAGAACGCAACCGAUUUCGCCAAGUUCAUUGAAUCUCAAAGCCCCAUCACCGGAUCCACAGGAGCCCGGGAGAUGCUCAAGGCCGGGCAGAGACGGCUCCGACAACUCGCUCAACGUCCGAAAAAGAGUACAGACCCCAGGACGAAGGCCGAAGAGUCAGCGCGGCAAUUGCUUGCCCUUCAGGAAGGAGGCUUCUUGCCGACGAGUGUUCCUGUUCCUGCUGGAGUACCUUCCAAGCGGUCGAGCCACAAGAAAAGCCUGGACUCGAGCCGGUCUUCCUCUCGUUCCAUCUCCAACCUCAGUUUCAUGGCGAACUCUAGAAGGGAUGUAGAGAGCAUUGGGCAGCCGUGGCUCACGGAUCCGCUCGAAAAGAAGGACAGACCGGAGGUUAGCACAAAUCAUUUGUCUGCGCUGGAUCUACGGGAGCUGACAUCUUUGGUGGAGGCUGCGGUAACCACCCCCCCGCACUUCGAUGACGCGAAUCCCCCGCCGUACCAGCCACCCACGCCGGCAAAGGAUGUCAAAGUGGACGCACAGUGCGAGAAUCAGGACCCUGCUGUUGCUGUUACUGUUACUGUCGCCGACACCACAUCCGGAUCUAAGGAGAAACAGUCGCUCGAACCCAGCGACGCGGCGAACCCCAGCAUUCAUGUCGACAGCAGUGAAGAGAAAAUACCCGACACAAGGUCUCCGGAUGAUGUAUUAAAAGAUGGAAGGGCGUCAGACAAAGACCAGUCUGGUCUCAAGACAGAUUCAGGUCUCGCAAUCGACCCAGAAGCAGUUAACAAGCCUGCUACGAGCUCGUCUGGAAGCUCUUCAACAUCGACAAGCCAAACCACUCCGUCUCUGAAGCUUUUCCCUGACACAAUGCCCCCGCGCAAUUCGAGUAAAGGGGCCUGGCGCAUCUCCAAUGCUCGCUCGCUCGCUCUCAACAGACCUCUCCCUGCGAGCCCCGAUCCGGAGCAAAGUAGCAUGGAUUCAAAUAAAGAAUGUCCCCAACCGAUCGAUAGCACCACGGUCAAAGAGGACUGCGGUGCUCAGGAGGUAUCUGAGCCGAUACGAUCUACUUCUUCUGAUGUUGGGAAAUCGGACAAGGAGCCCUUGGCAAGCGUGGCGAGCGAAAAUAAUUCGCAGAAGAAAGGAUCCCGCCGACCUUCAUCCCUGCCAAUGUGCACAAUCGAUGCGUUCCCUCUGCCAGCACCCAUGAGACCCCUGCCUUCGCUGCCAGAAUCAACUGCAGCAAGUGGUGCUCAUAGUCGCAGCACCUCCAGGUCUGCGCCUCUUGCGAGACUAGUGUUGGAUGAGAGAAACCAGGCCUCUAAUGCGCAUGAUGAAUCAACCCUUGGCACACCGGCUAACACUCUUCCCUUGGUACGGGCAGGUCAGAGUCGGGCCGAACGAGUUCAUGCGUUGAAGAUGAGAGACAUGUCGGCGAGCCGUCUUUAUCUUAAGGACUCGGAGACUCCUCGCGAGGAAGAAGAGGAUCACCAGCCCCCACGAAGUGCAAAGGCCUUCGAAGAAGCAAUGGCCCAGGAACGCGGAGAGGUACAAUCUCCUAGGCUUGAGUCUGAAAAGCCAGCGACUCGCAAUAUGCGCUAUCAGCGAAAGGUCGCUUCGGACCCUCCAUCCCCGCCGCCACUCUCCCCUCCGCCCUCAAAGCCAUCAAGACAACAAAUCAGCCAAUCCAUUGGCAGGCGUUACUGCAGCACACCUCUUACCGGUAGUGCAGUCUUGGCGAGAGAUUCUGAGCCGCAGCUGCUCCCUGCUUCCAGAGAUGCCCCUGUUCGUCGGAGCAGUAGCACUCGAAGCUUGACCUCUUCGCAUGAGAGAGCGAGAAAAGAACAGGAUACCAUGGGCCGCUCCGACGUUCCCAUCCCAUCUUCCGAUGACGAGUGCACCAGCGCAAGCGCUCGCCAGGAUCAAGCCCGUCCGACUUCUAGUCGACGGCGACGGAUGAGACCAGCAGCCCUCACCAUGAAUGAACACCGCUCGCACAGAAUGCGCGCGACAAGGAGGUCUUCCGACUACUGUCUCUCGCCGGGAAGCCACCGAACCCGUGCCUCCGGACGGGCGUCGCCACAGUCGUAUCAUACCCAGAGCUCGUAUUAUUCUCGGGACUCACGAAGCUCUCACCACGACACGAUCAGGGCUCUUGAAGGGCGCAUUGCGCACCUUGAACGACAGAACAAAAUCCUCCAGGCCGCACUCAUGGCUGCGUUGGACGUGGGCAAUGUGGAAAGCCUGCUUGGGGGAUCUGCUACCUCUCUAUAUACUUCGGCAAACACGCCGGCAACAGGACGGUCUUUUUCGUCUACGAACAGCUCCAGCUUGGAUGAGUCGAUGGUGGACGACCGUCGGCGCAGCCGCAGACGGCAGCCACCCUACCGUCCAACCAGCUGGAUAGCGAGCCCGGUCUCCAGCAGACGGGGAAGCUACGAUACCGAAGACAGUGAGAAUACCCAAAUCCCCCAACAUGUAACCGCCCUCCUUUCGCACCUCACCUCCCGCCCCGGCGUCCAAUCUACCUUCAUUCUCUCCCGCAAAGACGGCUCCAUAAUCCAGAGUACCGGGCUGUAUGCGAAACCACCACCUCCUUCUCCCCCAAGUGCAGCAACAGCUGCGGCGCAGCAAUCACCGCGCAACGAGUCCAUCUCCGCACCUAUCCCUACCGCUGUAGACGGAACCGAGACCGACACUGAGCCGCAGACUGAAAAUGAAGCCGGAGCUGAGCCCGCACCUACCGAGACGGAAGCUACCCCACCCCCGUCUACGAAACAGCCACAACAACAACCGAAAGAAGAAGCGGUAACACAACCAUAUCAGCCUUCGCAGGGUGAAGCUCUAGCGGCGCAUAUCUUUGCGUUUGUGGCCAGUGCGUCGGAACUUAGUCUUGCGCUGUCCGGGGCGGAGGAUGAUGCGGAUGGGGAUGGGGUUGUUAGACAUGUGGAUGGAGGAGUGGCUGGAGAUGGAGGAAGCGCUUCUGGCGCUGGUGCUGGUGGCGCUGGGGAGAAGGAAGAGGGCGAUGAUGAGGUCAAGUUGUUGAGGUUGAGGACGAAGAGGCAUGAGAUUGUGGUCGUGCCGGAUAGGAAGUUCUUGCUUUGUGUGGUGCAUGAUGCGCAUCAUGGGGGUGUUGGGGCGGGUGGGAGUGCAGGUGCUGCUGGGGGGCGGAGGUAA